AUGGGCGUCAUUCUCGCCAUCAACGCUGGCUCCAGCUCCGUCAAAAUCUCAGUCUACCUGGCCGACAAGGAAACGGCGCCGCGCCAGAUUGCCGAAUCCCAAGUAAACGGUCUUACGGCUCCGCCAGCUCAGCUGAAGUAUUCGCGAGGUGGCGAGACCGUCAUCAAGGACCAAAACGUGGACACUGCCGUCAACAGCCAAGAUGAUGCAUUUGCCUUGCUGCUCAAGACGCUGGUGGAUGAUGCUGAUUUGAAAGAAAUCAGCUCCAAAUCGGAUGUGGCCAUUGCUUGCCACCGCAUUGUCCACGGAGGCGACUAUGGCGAGUCCCAAGUCAUCACCCCAGACACAUAUCACCAUCUGGAAGCCCUCAGCGACCUGGCGCCCCUGCACAACGGCGCUGCGCUGGCGAUUGUCGACUCGUGCAUGAAGCAGCUCCCCGACGCCGUCAAUGUCGCCUGCUUUGACUCGCAGUUUCACUCCACCAUACCGCCGCACAUUUCCACCUACCCAAUCGACCAGACAAUCGCCAAGAAGAACCGGCUGCGCAAGUACGGCUUCCACGGCAUCAGCUACGCCUUCAUCUCGAGGUCCGUGGCCGACUUCCUCGGUAAGAGCCGUGAUCAACUCAACAUUAUUGCUCUGCAUCUCGGCAGCGGCGCCAGUGCUUGUGCAAUUAAGAAUGGCAAGAGCUGGGACACGAGCAUGGGGUUGACUCCGUUGGCUGGGCUUCCUGGCGCCACCCGCAGUGGAAGCGUAGAUCCUAGCUUAGUCUUUCACUACGCCAGCGACGUGGGCAAGCUUUCUCCGGCGUCGACAGAGCAUCUCCACAUCUCCACGGCCGAGGAGAUUCUCAACAAGGCCAGUGGCUGGAAAUCCCUGACGGGCACUACCAAUUUCGGCGUCAUUGCCGCCUCGGACGAACCCCAGCACCGCCUGGCUUUUGAUCUAUUUGUAGACCGCAUCUGCGGUUUCGUUGGGAGCUACUUCGUCUCGCUUCGCGGCGAGGUGGACGCGAUCGUGUUUGCGGGAGGAAUCGGAGAGAGGAGUGCCCGCCUUCGCAGCGCUGUGGUUGAGCAGGCAGGGUGCCUGGGUUUCGCCAUUGACGAGGCGCUCAACAAUGCCGAGGCGGCUGGAGACGCAACCGUUCGAGAGCUGAGCAGCAAGGAUUCCAAACACAAGGUUCUCGUGUGUCAGACGGAUGAGCAGUUUGAGAUGGCUAGGGCAUGCACAGAGAUGGAAGCACUUUGGACGUGA